UUCUUGCCCGCUUCACCUUCGGUUUGAUUUUGUAUACCUUGUUAGGAGUAAAGAAAUAUCAAGUGGCUCAACUGAAGAGGCUACACAGCUCUCAUUCGACUGAAAAUGUCUAAACUUGAUUUUUUGCGUGUGUUUUUAAAUGAGCGAUUAACUGCGGCUGCGGCGGAGAUUUUUGGGGCCGUUGAGAAAACGGUAGUGGAGUAUCAGGAGGAGAAUCAUCGGCUUCGUGGACUGCUGCGGAUUACACCGGAGAUAAAACUAUGCAAACCAGACUCCCUGCAGCUCUCUCUCGCUGUCUCUGAAGAGGAGGUUCCCUCUGAGCAGCAGCACUGUGAGCAGGAGUGGAGCCCCAGUCUGGGGCAGGAGGACCCCGAGCCCACACAGAUUAAAGAGGAACAGGAGGAAGUCAGGACCAGUCAGGAGGAAGAGCAGCUUCAAGGGCUGGAGGCUGAUAUCGUAGAGUUCGUAUUCACUCCUCCUUGUGUGAAAAGUGAAUGUGAUCAGGAGGACCCACUUUGGUCCUUGACUCUUCCCCAAACCCAGACUGUGGAGAACAGAGAGAGUCAUCCUAAACAUUUUGGCACUGUGACCCACCUAAAGGGUUUUGAUAUUCCCUGUGACCCUCCAGAUAAUCAAAACAAUGCGUCCAGCCACAGCUCAGCCAAAAGCAGCGACCCACUAGGACAUGACAGCAGCCAACCAUUGGAUCCGAACCUACCAAUGGGGGAACACUGUUCCAAACCCAGCACCAUAUCGAUAAAAGCUUACCGCUGCCGUGACUGUGGCAAAACGUUUCCUCUGAAAGCGGGCCUGCAGAGGCAUGUGAAUCUCGACAAGAAGAGACUUAGUGAAUGCCACUUCUGCAAAAAACAGUACAACUCCACCUGUAAACUGAAGGCCCAUGCCCGACUAUGUCACGGUGGGAAACCCAGCACCUGCCCCUUUUGUGGCAAGACCUUCAAACACAAAGGACAUCUGUCUAGGCACAUGAGUAUUCACACAGGAGAGAAACCAUUUAGCUGUGGUGACUGUGGGAAGAGCUUCAAUCAGAAGGGGGGCCUAGGAAGACAUAUACUGACUCACACAGGAGAGAAACCUUUUAGCUGUCAUUUUUGCUGUAAAAACUUCAGGCAGAAGAGGGAUCUAAGGAGGCAUAUACUGAUUCACACAGGAGAGAAACCAUUUAGCUGUGAUGACUGCGGUAAAGGCUUCAUUCGCAAGGAGCACCUAACUGCACAUAUGCGGACUCACACAGGAGAGUAAAGAUUUAUCUGUAGUGACUGCGGGAAAAGCUUCAAUCGUAAGGGGAAGCUGAGAAUUCAUAUAUGGACUCUCACAGGGGAGAAAUCAUUUAUCUGUGAUGACUGCUGGAAUUGUUUAACUACGAAGACUAAGGGCUCUAUUCAAUCAGUAUUUUGGAAGUUCAGCGUGAUUGCCAUUACGUUUCAAUGUUGCUGAGUUAGCGGAGACUAUUCACGAUAAACACUGCAUACGUCGGCUCAAUCAGAAUUUACCUUAACAUUUCUGAAAUCAAAUCAAAGUUUAUUUGUCACGUGCGCCGAAUACAACUUACUUACAAGCUUUUUCUAUUGUGCAAUCUGUAAUGCUUCAGUGAUAUAGAGCCCUAACCUAACCAAACAUAUUUACAGACUCACACAGGAGAGAAAUCAUUUAGCUGUGGUGACGGCGGGGAAAUCCUCAAUAAGAAGGGGGACCUAACCAGGCAUAUUCUGACUCACAGAGGAGAGAUGUCACAUGGCUGCCCAGUCUGUGGUAAAAGAGUCACUCAGAAGGUAAACCUAUUGAAGCAUGUAAAAAAACAUACACAAACAAGAUAAACUGAAAGAAGGAAGAAAAUGGACUAAGAUGUUCUGUCAGAAGAUGGGAAUAAAAAUCAACUGUGGAUCAUUCAUGCUGUGUAUUUUAGAACAUUUUACAAAAGUAAAUCCAUAAUGUAUCGAUUUCUCUAUGUACAUAAAGUUUGAUUGGAUUUAAAUGAUUAAGAAAUGAA